AUGACAACCGCUUCACUCUCCCCUCAGGCGAUUGCGAACCUUCGCACCAUCAUAGACGAUGCCUGUGCAGAUGAAAAUGCUGGCCUCCCUUGCGCCAAUGUCGUGAUUGUCGGCAAAGGCGAUAGUUCUCCAUGUGAGCUUUUCAGCCACUCUACUCGGAAGGGGGGCGGGCAUAAGAAUGGUACAGAAGACCGGCAGAUCCGCGACGGCGAAGAUGACAUAUACUGGUUAGCUUCGUGUACCAAAUUGGUAACCGGCAUUGCAUGCAUGCAGCUUGUUGAGAGGGGUGUGCUUGGGCUCGAUUGUGCCGACCAAGUCGAAAGCCUAUGCCCAGAGUUAAAAGAAGUCUGUGUCCUUCAAGAAAAUGGGUCCAAGGUGGAGAAAAACAGAGGAAUCACAUUGAGAAUGCUGUUGACGCAUACUGCUGGGUUCGGAUAUUCGUUCCUGAAUCAAAAACUGCAGUCAUACUUUCUGGAACAUUGCAGCUAUAUACCUGAGUACAAUGAGUUCUCAGGAUACGUGCAAGACUUCUACCAGCCGCUAGUCAACCAACCAGGAGAGCGAUUUGAAUAUGGUAUCAGUAUUGACUGGGCUGGUAUACUCGUUGAACGUGCCACGGGGAUGAGGCUUAACGACUACAUGCAACAAUCCAUCUUCGCGCCCCUCGGAGUCCACGACGUUUCCAUGAUUCCUUCCACACAUAUGAAAGAGCGACUAGUAGGUUUGUGGCAUCGCAGCGCAGGGGGCCGGCUUGUUCCUCGAGAUUACCCUCUAAACAAGCCGUUGGACGCAAAAGAAGCUGCAGAGGUAUUCCACAGCGGCGGUGCGGGCUUGUUUGGAAGCAUCCGAGAGUUCAGCAAGAUUCUAGCUACUCUCCUUAACGAUGGCCGUUCACCUCAGACAGGCCAGCAAAUUCUCUCUCCAGGAACGGUAGAAGAGAUGUUUUCGAAUCAAAUUCAUCAACACCCAGACUUCGCUCGACGGCCUUUACCUGCCAUAAAACCCGAUCUGGUUUCUCCCUGCGAGGAGCUGUAUCCCCUCUGUCCGAGUCCUACACCACAGGGAUGGGGUCUUACAUUCAUGAUCUCGCCCGGCGUGACCGGUCGCUCGGAUACAACAGCUCACUGGUCAGGGCUUUCCAAUAUCUUCUGGUGGUGUGAUCGAGAAAGAGGUGUUGCUGGGGUAGUUGCAUCACAGGUCCUUCCAUUCGUCGACCCAGAAACUGGUCUCCUAUGGGCGAGUGUAGAGGCCGCAGUGUAUGAAGGUCUGCAGGGAGAAUAG